UGAUGUUUUCCCUAUGGCCAUCUCUCACGGCGUGACGGUUCAAAUAUUGCUCAUAAAUGGUUUGUGUUCAACCGAGCGAGCUUUCUUAUACGUGGUUGCUCUCAACUUCAAGAACGCAAAACCAAUUAUUCACAGGUGUGAAUUCGAAGACGUGCACUCUCCUGCAGCAGUUUCCCGCGUGAUAUUGAAUACUCAAACAUGCACGUGUGGUCGUGAGCAUGUGUAACACCACGGCUUCUAGCACCGCUCUUGAGCGGCACAUUCACAGAUUUCAACCAAUGGAGCAUGUCCAUUCUCUCGAUUCACCACGCAUACAUCUCACCACCGCUCAAUUCAUGACAACAGCUGAUUAUACCUACUAACACUAUACUCCUAACGGCUUGGAAUCGUACAAUGAGUACUAAUCUAAGUACACUUCCCUGCUCCAUAUACUAGUCCGGAUGUCCGUAGAAUGAAUACUGUACUUGUUAUAAUUACGCAAACUGGAGACCGGACUUCUCGUUGGGGACCAGAACCGAUUCAUAAAGCAGCAUUCAUUCGUUUGCGAUUUUGUAGCGUGAGCAUGUAUCAAUGAGAUUUCCACCCUCACAUUGAAAUACUGACGUUCAGCAUUCCAUGAGGAAACGCAAAGGCGGUGAGUAGGGAGGUAUUCACAUGGCCUUUAAUCGAAUAGUGGGGGGAGGGCAGAGGUCAAGCAGUAGGUGGGACAAGCGUGCAUGGUAUUCCCGCUCCUGGAAACGAGAAUUGCAUACUGAUGACACCUUGGAGGAGAACAAGAACCAGAACGAGAGGUGUCCAAGAACAGCACUACUCUUCACCACCGAGAACGUAGAGGAGAGAAGUAUAGCAGACUUGUACAGCAAGGGACCCAACCUUCUCGAAACCAUCCGUCUACCGCCUAUCCCCCAAAUAAGAGAACAUGCCUCAGAACUCUUCCUCCACCCCAUCACCCUCAUCCCAAACAAGCCCUAAACCCAAACAUCCGAAAACAUCCUGCCGCCACGAACUCUGUCCCAUCCCAUUCUACGAGACCCCAUCCCCAUGCCCGCCACCUGCCCCCAUCCAUUCCAACACCCCCUCACCCACUUGCUCCCCCUCCUCAUCAUCAUCCUACCUUCCUAUUUUCUCGCGAUUCUCGCCUUCGUCGGUCUUCUCCACGCCUUCGAAUUCGCUGAGUCCGAAGUUUAUGUAUACGGCUCAGUCGUAUUAUCCUAUCCCGC